UUUUUUUCUUUUAAUUGGUGAAAAGACAAAAGAGGAUUGUCUUGGGAUUGGGCUAUUUGCAGAAAAUUCAAAGUCAAAAUCAGUCCAAAAAAAAAAAACCAACGACGAACUUCAUUCCUCUUCUCUCGAUCUCUGCUUCUUUGCUUCACUCCUCUCUAAACGAUGGACGCUCUCGUUGCUCAGCUACAGAUGCAGUAUCGUAAUUACACUGUUUCUCUCUACCAACAGGGCUUUCUGGAUGAUCAGUUUACUGAGUUGAAGAAGCUGCAAGAUGAUGCAAGUCCUGAUUUUGUGGCCGAGGUUCUCUCUCUCUUCUUUGAAGAUUGUGUCAAGCUUAUCGGCAACAUGGCCAGAGCUUUGGACCAGACAGGAACUGUGGAUUUUAGUCAGGUUGGUGCGAGCGUGCAUCAAUUGAAGGGUAGUAGCUCCAGUGUUGGUGCCAAGAGGGUGAAAGGCUUGUGUGUUACCUUCAAGGAGUACUGCGAGGCUAAUAACUACGAAGGGUGUGUGAGAUGUCUGCAGCAGGUGGAUAUCGAGUACAAGGCGUUACAGACCAAGCUUCAAGACAUGUUCAAUCUGGAGAAACAAAUCAUUCAAGCUGGUGGUAAAGUUCCUCAAGUGGAUAUUAACUAAAAGACUAGUCCCAGAAGAACAAGAUGAUGAUGACUCAGAUUUGCAUUCUUCAAUUUCUCCUUUCAUUUAUUUUGUUUGCUCAGAAGAAACUCAAUAGAAUGUGUGGAAAAAAAAAGAGAGAUGAUUCUUGUUGAUAAUAAUCAUUUAACAUUUCUGGACCAAGUCAUGUGCAUGAUAUCUGGUUUGCUCCUGGUUCCUUUUUAAAACCGGUUCGGUUUUGUGUGA